AUGGAUACCACGCAAGCUCUUUCGAGGACGGCAACCAUCGCACCAAAUACCAGCACCAGCAUUGUCUCAGACGGCCCGACUCAGGCUCAUGUGUUGAGACGGCGACGAGGCCGCCCGCGACUGGCGGACCGUCAGGUUGCAGACUCAGUCGAAGAACCACUUGCACGUCGGCGCCUCUACACCCGACUCUCCCAGCGCGCGUGGCGCGACCGCCAACGGCAAAAGCUCGCAUCGCAAGAGGCCGCGAUGAAGGACAUCCGCGCCGCGAUACUCCGCCUGGAGCGUCUCGCGGUGCAGAACGAUGUCGUGGAGAAAAUGCCCAGCUUUGCGGCCGAGGUUUUUAGGUGCGUGGCUCUGGUGAGGAGUGUGAGCUCGGCCAUCGCAGGUGGAGGUGAAAGUGGGAGGGGGAGUGCAGAUGUAAGUGGGAGUGAGAGAGAUAGUGGAACGGGGACGGGGAGGAGCAGUAUACAGUCGAUGGUGCCGGAUCAAUUGGUGCGGUUUGAUGUGCCUGCAGAGGCCAAUGCUGUGGGUGCUGGUGCAGCAGGUGGAGGCAACGCCCUUGACAGUGCUGGCGCAAAUGAUCUCGGCGGCAGCGCCAUUGACGACAGAACUAUGCAGAGCGAGCAUGUUCUGACCUACGCAGAGCUGCAACAGAAUGAUUUUCAGCCUCGCGCAGGCCAUGGCCAAGGACACAAACUCCCAUCCAAACCGCCCUCAUCUGCAGCAGCAGCAGCAACAGCAACAAUUCCUACCGCACGACACCUGAUCUCUACAAAACCUCCCUCUCUCCCCUCUCAGCCAGCACACUCACAGCACGUACUACCCACAUCAUCCACCGCAGCCGCAGCGGCAAUAUACGCCCCUCCGCAUCCCACCGCGACACUCACCCCGCUGUGGACGUACAGCAUCCACGAGACCAGCUUCUCGCGCCGCCUGCACCGCGCCUGCAUCGAGCACUGCUACCGCCUUUUGUCGUCGCACAACACACGCGGGACUGAAGUUCUGCGGACGCUGAAAUUCCCGCUCGCCGCGCACGGGAGUGUCGAUGAGUUACGUCGCCGCGCUAAGGAGCUUCUGCUCCGCGGCACGGAUCAGAGCUUGUAUUAUUGGGAAGAUUGGGAGGACGAGAACCGAGAAGCGGCGCGCGAAGGGAAUGUUGGCUCGUUGCUGCCGAGCGCGAUGCGGACAAUCGUGAGUAGUGCGAAGCGACCGCUGCGGUCGUUGCUCUCGGCGACAAGACACGGGAUGCUUCGAAGUGGCGGCGGCGCCGACGACGACGCGGAGAUUAUUGACGACUCCACGACUGUCUCCCAGAUCCACGUCUCCGGGUACGAAGGCACUUGGCUCGGCCCCGACGCCGUCACCGCGUACCUGCAGUGCCUGGGCAUCCCGAUCCAGGAGAAGCCCGCCGGCAUGACUGUGCCGUGGGUGGUUUCGAGUCAUGCUCUCGAGGACAUGGUGCUGCAGCGAGGUCAGCACCGGCCGCACCAGCAGCACCAGCCCCCGCCUCAUCACUUCUAUAACACGCCGGUGACGCCGCAGCACAUGGUCGUGGUCAACAUGGACCUCGACCUCAUGGUGGACACGCUCACGCAGAGAGCAGUCUGCGUCGACACGCCGGUCUUCCGCAAGGACCAUGUGGAUGAGAUUGUGGUCGACGCCCUGGUUUCUUGGUACCGGUCUGCCUAUGGCGGGUAG